ACGCGAAAGGGUUAACAAGUACAUCACGCAUUUGCUAAUUGAAGCGACGAUAAAUCUGGCAAGAAAGUUGUGAAAAUUUGCGUGCGAGGAAAGAAAUCUUGCGAGGGAAACUUUCAUGGCAUCCGAAAAAUAUCCGCGAAAUUGUGUCGUUGAAAUCCAGGAAAAUGAUAAAAAACAAACGGGGCGCUUCAGCAGGACGCAGACAUUUGAUUUCAUCCGGGCAUAUCGGCAGCACGAGUGCCUCUGGAAUGUUGGCAUACCUGACUACAAUGACAAGGCGAUGCGAUAUAUGGCCAUCAGAACACUAGCCAAGGAGUUCCAACUGCCAAUGGAGGCUGUAAAGAAGAAAAUUCACGCAUUGCGUUCAACGUACCUCCAAAUGCGUGACAGAGUGAAUGAGAUAGAUAAUCACGAGCCUACACUAUCGUGGUAUUAUGAAAUGGAAUUCCUGGAUCCCGUCAUUACACCGCGGAAACCAAUGGAACUCAAGAGGAUACGCUCGAAGUUUCCGCGCAAACGGAUGAGGGAUGAUGUUGAAAUAUCACCGGAGGAGGAGGACAACGUACCACAGCCACUUCAGAUGAAGAUUGAAACGAUGCCGUAUGAGGAGACGACGGGACAUUCGGAACAAGAGGAGGUUUACAUUGAGUACAUUGAGCAACAGAGGGAAGAAGAGAGCUGUGAUGUGGUGCAAGAGGAGGACACUGAGGCAGUGUAUACAAAUGUUCCGGAACCUGAGGAGUCUUCAGGGGCUGCAUCGUCAACAGCUCCAAAUAUCGCACCGGCACAGGAUGAGUUUGAUAUUUUUGGACAAAGUGUGGCUGCCCAGUUGAAGACAAUGCCAUUGAUGCAUGCGAUACCACUAAUGGGACACAUUCAGGGCCUCAUUACCGAGUCUCGAAUGAAGUCCCUUCAAGCAACACUUAAAUAAGUGUUCUGAAAAUUUUGUCAUCACCUAUCUUUGACGAUACAAGCUUCAGGAAGAGAAUGAUCCUUAAAUUAUUAUUAACUGAAUUACUUCCAAAAAUAAGAUCUCAACCGGAUUUGGGUAUCCAAUAAGUCCUUGAUCAUUACAACACAGUCGUAUCGGUAGGGGAGAGCGGGGUUAAAAAAGUCACUUAAGGGUUUGGAAAAAGCUCAAAAUAUUAUAUUUCCCAAAUAGAUAAAGCGAAAUGUAUAACUCAUUUCAUUAGGAAAUUUACUGCCCUAAAACUCUUUCUCAGAUGAUUUUGUUCUAUCUAGCUAGGAAAUAUGAUAUUUUAGGCUUUUUCCAAACCCUUAAGUGACUUUAUUAGCCCCGCCCUCCCCUAUUCUUGAUUAUUUUUGCAAAAAAACGAAUUCCAUUAAAAUCAUUAUUUUACAUGAAGGACAUGAAA